AGACACAUUCCCGCCAAUAUGCAACAGCUGGUGCGCAAAACUAGGGUUUCUGUUCAAGAACUGCGAAGGCCCCUCAGCUGCAUUGACCAUGGCGGAGGACCUUACUCAGAUCGCUCACUUGCUCAACAGCACCCUCAGCCCCGACGCUGCCGCCGUCCGCGUCGCCACAGACUUGCUCGAUCGGUUCUCCCUCAAUCCGCAAUUCCCUUUCCAGCUCCUCACCCUCUCCGCUGGAGCAGGAAAUCAAGGCCAGAAAAUUGCCGCUGCUACCUACCUCAAAAAUCUCACUAGACGUAACGUCAGUAGCUCCGGCGAAAAGCCUUCGAACGUGAGCAAGGAGUUCAAGGAGCUGCUGAUGCAGGUGUUGCUUCAAGUCGAGUUAUCCGUUCUCAAGAUUCUAGUUGAAGUGUUCCGCCCCAUUGUGGCAGCUGAUUUUGUUAAGCAGAAUUUGUGGCCCGAGCUUGUGCCUAAUUUGCAGGCUGCUAUUCAGAAUAGUCAUCUUAUCAACAGUUCAAACACUAAAUGGAAUACUGUAAAUGCACUUAUUGUUCUCCAUGCUCUUAUUAGACCUUUCCAGUAUUUUUUGAAUCCUAAAGUAGCUAAGGAGCCAGUACCGCCACAGUUGGAGCUUAUAUCGAAAGAAAUUCUUGUGCCUUUGCUUGCUGUUUUCCAUCAAUUUGUUGAAAAGGCUUUAGCAACCCAUGUCAGAGCAGAAAAUGAAACGGAGAAAGUCCUUCUCACUAUAUGCAAAUGCCUACAUUUUGCAAUGAAGUCCUACAUGCCAUCAACAUUGGCUCCUCUGCUGCCUUCAUUCUGUCGGGACCUGAUGAGCAUUUUGAGUUCUCUGAGCUUUGAUGGUGCAGUCAAUCAAGAUGAUGAAUAUUUGACAAGAUUGAAGACUGGAAAAAGAAGUCUUCUUAUUUUCUCUGCCCUUGUCACCCGGCACAGGAAGCAUUCUGAUAAGUUGAUGCCAGAAAUUAUUAAAUGUGUUUUAAACAUAGUCAAGUUUAGCAAAAAUACGAGUCGACUUCCUUUCCUGUCCGAGAGGCUUAUGUCCCUAGGUUUUGAUGUAAUUUCAAAUAUACUAGAGACUGGGCCGGGAUGGCGUUUAGUUUCUCCACAUUUUUCAACUCUAUUGGAAUCUGCAAUAUUUCCAGCAUUAGUAUUGAAUGAGAAGGACAUGUCAGAGUGGGAAGAAGACCCAGAUGAGUAUAUCCGGAAGAAUCUUCCUUCAGAUAUAGAUGAAAUUUGUGGAUGGAGAGAGGAUUUAUUCACAGCCAGAAAAAGUGCAGUAAACUUACUUGGUGUUAUUUCAAUUUCAAAGGGUCCACCAAUGGAGACUGCCACUGACAGUUUAUCAGCUUCAUCCAAGCGUAAAAAAGGUCAAAAGAACAAAAAAAGCAAUCAACGACGCUCUAUGGGGGAGUUAUUGGUGCUUCCAUUUUUGUCCAAGUUUCCCGUUCCUUCUGAUUCCAAUUUGUCUCAGAAAAUAUUGAAUGAUUACUUUGGUGUUCUUAUGGCAUAUGGUGGCCUGCAAGAUUUUUUGAGGGAGCAAGAACCUGAAUUUGUAACAACCCUUGUACGAACACGGAUUUUGCCUCUGUACACUGUAGCUGUGUCCCAACCAUACCUUGUUGCUAGUGCAAACUGGAUACUUGGAGAACUAGGCUCCUGUCUGCCAGAAGAGAUGUGUGCUGAUGUAUAUUCUCAGUUGCUUAUGGCAUUGGUCAUGCUGGAUAGGCAGGGCCCUUCUUGCUAUCCAGUGCGGGUUUCUGCUGCUGGGGCAAUUUCCACACUACUUGAUAAUGACUACAUGCCCCCCGACUUUCUACCCCUUCUCCAAGUAAUAGUUGGUAGCAUUGCAAAGGAUGAGAUCGAGAACGAGAGCGAGAGUUCCAUCUUAUUUCAGCUUCUCAGUUCUAUUAUGGAAGCUGGAGAUGAAAAAGUUGCUGUCCAUAUUCCACAUAUUGUCUCCUCAAUAGUGGGUUCAGUCUCAAAAUGGUUAACUGUCAAUAUGGAGCCUUGGCCUCAAGUGGUUGAAAGUGCAAUUGGUGCUCUGGCAGUUAUGGGUCAGACUUGGGAAAAUUCAAGGCCUGAAGAAUCUGAUUUGGAUGAGGCUCGUGAUAAAUGGACUGCAGAUCACGUGACAAUUGCUAAAGCUUUUGCUGAACUCUUGCAGCAGGCUUGGCUUACCCCUCUAUCCACACUGGAUCCACAAGACCAGCAAUCUCCCCCCUCAUCAUGCAUAGAGAAUUUGUCAACUUUGCUGCAGUCUGUGUUGCUAUCUAUUGAUGGAAAUCACAUGAUUCAAGAGCUCAAAGUAUCAGAGCUGGUGUCAGUUUGGGCUGAAAUGAUUGCGGAGUGGCAUGCAUGGGAGGAAUCAGAGGAUUUAUCAAUUUUUGAGGUGAUUAAGGAAAUCGUAAAUAUCGAUAGCAGAUAUAGGCUGAACAACUUUAUUGUAAAAGAUAUGCCACCCGCUCCAGCUCCACCUGUUCCUGAACGUUCAAUUGUAGAAGGCAUUGGAGCUUUCAUCAGCGAGGCAAUUAAGCAAUAUCCUUCUGCAACAUUUAGAGCUUGCUCAUGUGUCCAUAUAUUACUACAUUGUCCAACCUACUCACCUGAAACUGAAGGUGUGAGGCAAUCAUUAGCUGUUGCUUUUAGUCAAGCAGCCAUCUCUCGGCUCAUAGAGGUUCAAAGCACGACUGGUGCUCUUUGGAAGCCCUUAUUGCUUGCGAUAUCUUCAUGCUAUUUGUGUUAUCCUGAUAUUGUAGAAGGUAUCCUGGAAAAGGGUAAACGUGGAGGCAUCACAAUAUGGGCUUCUGCUCUGUGCCAUGUAUGCAACAGAUCUUCUGAGCCUGGUCUGACGGCAGAAUCUGAGAUGAAGUUAACUGUGAUGGCAUUGGCCCGAUUGAUUGAGCAACUUCUCAAACAAGGGAAGUCCGGUGAUGAAAUACAGAGUUGCUUUACUUCACUGUUGGAGGUAUCCAUACGAUUGAAAGAAGCACGUGAUGGGAAAGAUGAACAGGGAUCCGAUGACGCUGAAGGUGACAGUGACAAUGAGGAGGAUGAGGAUGAUGACACUGACAAUGAUGAUUAUGAUGAGGACUCUGGGACCGAGGAAUAUGAAGAAACAGAAGAAGAAUUUCUUAAAAGGUAUGCUAAAGCUGCUGAGGCAUUGGAAAAUGGUUCAGCUAUUGAAGAAGGGGACGAUGAAGACCAGGAACUGGAGCUGGAAAUAGGUCAAUUAAUGGACAUUGAUGAACAAAUGGUAUUAUCAUCCUUGAUAGACCAGUACCAUCAUGUGCUCAUACGAGGACUGGUUUUGCCAUCGGAGCUCGUUGUUAAUUUUCUGAAUGCCUUCCCCGUGUACGAUUCUUACUUCAAUCGAUACAAAUAGUCAUGGUUUGUUUAGUUGUGUGUAAAUGAAAAUUUUAAUUUAGAAAAAGUUGGGGAUUUUAUUUAAAUGUGUACAAAGGAGAGAAUUUUCUUUUUUUUUUCAUUUUUGGGGUAGGGGUGUUCUAGAAAUAUUUAGUUGCUAUUCUUUGGUUGAUUAGUACUGUGUAAUUAUUCUUUUAAUUGGAGAGUGGAGCAAGUCUUUAUUUACAAUCUGGGAUUUUUCAUGAGUUGAGGCAGUCCUUGGGAGCUGCGAAAAUGUAUACUAGUAAACAAUUGUCCAGAUUUGAUUGGAUAAUGAUUUAUGCACUGUGAUAGUUGUUGUGUCAAAGUAA